AUGGUAUUGCCAAUCAUUAUAGGUACUGGAGUAACAAUUUUAUCCAUAACAAUAAAAUGUGGAUUGAGUGCUUGGGUAAGGUAUAAAUCCUUAUCACCUCAGGGUAUUGCAAUACUAAAUAAUAUCAAGAUAAUGGAACUGCCUCAAUUCUACAACGACUAUCGAUUUAUUAGUUCAAGACUAAAUCCGAAGGUCAGACAAGAUUUAGACAUUUAUAUGGGAGGCUUUGGCUAUCAAAUGACUGAAAAAGAAGCAUUGCUAAUUCUCAAUAUAAAGCCAAACGAAGUUAAUGUUUUAAACCAAGACUUAUUAAAGAAAAAGCACCGACUUGCUAUUGUAUCCAAUCAUCCAGAUAGAGGUGGAAGUCCUUAUCUAGCCCUAAAGAUCAAUGAAGCCAAGGAGAUAUUGAAGGAGAGUCCAUUGUUGAGAAAUUGA